CAAGUAAUGUGGAAUGCAGUCUGGUAACAACAGAUCUGCUUGUUCUCUUGCCAACUUAGCCUAGUUAUAGCCUACAGUUAUGCCAUGCAUUUAAAUUACUUUAUAUAUUCUCAAAAACAGCGUUAGCAAACAGUGUCAGUAAAUAGCUUAGUAACUCUUUUUACUGGGAAAUUGUGUCUGAAGUUACCUGGCUGAACCUCAGUCCCAAAGCGAGGAGGGACAUUUCUGUUGGGCGGGAUUAUACGCGCUUGCCUGUUGAUGUUGUGCGCGGCGAGGUAUAGUAGGCGUCCUAGGUUACUCGACGCCUUUCACAUUGGUUUAACUUCUAGCACUACUGCGUCGGAUGAUUGUGAUUUUGCUUGCCAUCAUUUGGAGUCAAUCAGUCGGAGAAAAGCUGCAAGGCACUGGUUGGUGACUGACAUACGUACAUAAGGAGUGAUCCAACAUGAGUGACCGCUUUGACUGUGGGGAGUGCAAGGAGUCUCUUUAUGGACGCAAAUACAUCCAGGUGGAGGACGUUCCCCACUGCAUCCCCUGCUACGACCGGCUGUACGCCAACACCUGCCAGGAGUGUAAGGAGCUCAUCGCACACAAUGCAAGGGAGCUGUUCUACGAGGACCGGCACUACCACGAGCAAUGUUUCCGUUGUUUCCGCUGCGACCGCUCGCUGGCGGACGAGCCCUUCACCAGCCAGGGGGAGGCGCUGCUGUGCAACGACUGCUACUGCAACGAGUUCUCCUCCAAGUGUGUGGCCUGCAACAAGACUGUCAUGCCAGGCUCAAAGAAGUUGGAGUAUGGAGGCUCUGCAUGGCACGAGAACUGCUUUGUGUGCCACGGCUGUGAGAAGCCAAUCGGUGACCAGUCCUUCAUCCCAGACAAAGAUAACUACUUCUGUGUGCCUUGCUACGAGGGCAGAUUCGCUCCGCGAUGCAGCCACUGCAAAAAGGCGCUGGCGACAGGUGGCGUGACCUACAAGGAUGAGACGUGGCAUAAGGAGUGUUUUGUGUGCAAGGGCUGCAAGACACAGCUGGCCGGUCAGCCCUUUACGUCUCAGGGAGACACGCCGUACUGUGUCAAGUGCUUCAGCAACCUCUACGCCCAGAAGUGUGCCGCCUGUAACUCGCCCAUCACAGGGUUUGGCGAGGGGAAAUACAUUUCUUUCCAGGACCGGCAGUGGCACCAGCCCUGCUUCAAGUGUUCCUGUUGCUCUGUUUCCCUGGUUGGGGCCGGCUUCUUCCCCGACCGGGACCAAAUCUUGUGUGCCGACUGCAAUAACGACCAAGAAGACUAAUAAACAUCACUGUUUCUGUCCUUCAACUGCUCUUAAACGAACAGAAAUUGUUUAUUCCAGGUCAGAGGUUGAAUACUGCUUUUCAGAGGGAACAAGAAAUGUCAACCUGACACAAGUCACUUAGGGGAAUCCCCGAAAAGCCCUGAAAAGGUCAAUUAAGAUUCAUAUGGAUGACAAGUGAAGUUAAUGUUAACCUCACCCUUUCUUCUGAGCCAGUAAAUGAACUGAGCUUGUGAAGGGUACUUAAUCUCUUUGUGAAUCUCGGAAUUUUACCGGAGUUGCUAAAACUAUAAAGCAAACAAUAGAUUGAAUACUACAUCACACUAAAUAUAUUUUUAUAUGGAUAUAUCUUAUAAACUUUCUUGUUUUGCAUGUCUGCCUCUGCUACUGGUUUUCCUACAUGAAGAACAUUGAAAUGUUUGCAAAUAUCACAAGCAUAAUGUGUUAGCUAAAGUUUUGAUUUUUCUACUUGUAUAUGUAUAAUAUAUAUGGACGUUAAAGAAUACGCAUGUGUUUAUGCAGCUGACCUGAGCUCCCUGAAAAAAAUAGUCAUUGGCGUGAAUAGCUUUACUGUAUUACAGCUAGAUUAAAAAAAGUGUUAUAUUCUGGUAAGAGACCAGCUUGCCAUUUUUCAUUUUCAUUUAACUUUUACUAUCACAUAUGUUUGUAUUCUUUGAUUAUAUAACAACUCAAAAUUACAUUUCUUCUUGCCUUGUUUCUGUGCACUCUAUUGUAACCAAUUUCUAUUCUAGCUAAAGAUAUAACAUGUAAAUUAUGUAUUGUAAACAAUAAAACACAAUGAGAUGCAAAUACAGUAUCUGAAGAUAUAGGUCCAUUUACAAUAUCACUAGGGCAAUUAACGGCUCAACACACAAUAAAAUUUUUUUUUUUUUGUUGUGCCAUGUGGUGCAAGACCAGGGUGGUGCCCAGCACCCACUCCCUGAAAUACAGUGAGGGUUCAGGCAGACCAACACAAAAAGCAUUGUAGCCAAGAACAAAGACUCUUUAUAUAGAGUGGAAUGUAGUUUUCGUAAACUCCAUUAUAUUUGUGCCCAUUGUUUUGGAUUAUGAAGUAUAAAUAAAGGCAUUGCUACUUUU